AUGUGGUGCUCCUGUAACAAGAGGAUGUUCAACCCUGCAUGCAUCAUCCUGUUCAGCGAGGAUCAGAGCAGCAUCGCUGGCAUCUCUGGCUUCCAAGAUGUACCUCAGGAGGAGAUCCACCUUUACUUUUCCAAGUUUGGCCCAGCUGCUGUCAAGGCAUCAGUCUCUGGUGUGGUCGACACAGACUUAUUCUGGGACAGCAUGCAAGAGCAACUACCUCAGCUGUCCAGGUUGGCAAAGAGAUACAAGGACUGUGUCACCAACUCAGCAGAUGUGGAGAGGUCCAACAGUAUCUACAAACUGGUUCUAUCAUCCAGGAGGCGCUUACUGUCUGAGGCCAACAUCAAGGCACUGGUGUUCCCCUACUUCAACCUAAAAGUGCAGUGUGCCACUGAUUCAGAUGGUGAGGAUGACAACGGAAUUUACUGUAUAAUCAUUUACUCAUGCAUUUUUUCCUCCUGUUUUGCAGUAGAUUCUCUGUAUAUUGUUGAGGACCCAGUCAACAACCCAGAAGCAGACAGACUGCUGAACAAGAUCCGAUACGUCGCCCGGAGCUGCAAAGAGCUCAAAGAAAAAUAUGAAGUUCAUGACGAUGGGCUGUAUUACCUCACUACCACAAAUGGAAUUCUGUACGAGGCGUUCUGUGACAUGACCACGGCGGGUGGGGGCUGGACACUGGUGGCCAGCGUCCAUGAGAAUAACCUGUAUGGGAAGUGCACUCUGGGGGAUCGCUGGUCCAGCCAGCAGGGCAGCAACCCCAAUCUGCCGGAGGGGGAUGGAACCUGGAGCAACAAGGUUACGUUUGGGUCUCCUGAGGCUGCCACCUCUGAUGACUACAAGAACCCCGGGUAUUAUGACAUCACAGCGGAAGACGUGUCCGUGUGGCAUGUUCGGAACAAUGCAGAGAUGAAAGAAUGGAUCGCCAAGUCCAUCUUGCGCUACCACACAGAGACCAGCUUCCUGACUUUACAGGGAGGAAACCUCUACCAGCUGUUCAAGCGCUACCCUGUGAGAUUCAAUGCGGGCGCAUGCAACACUGACAAAGGCCCAACUGUUCCUAUAGUGUACGAUUUUGGGAAUGGAGAAACUACUGCAAAUCUGUAUGGCCCAAACGCAAGGGGGGAGUUUACUGCAGGUUUUAUCACUUUCCGAGUCUUCAACAAUGAGAGGGCAGCUAUGGCCAUCUGCUCUGGAGUCAGUCCCAGGGGAUGCAACACAGAAACUUACUGUGUGGGUGGAGGGGGCCAUUUCCCUGAAGCUGCACCACGUCAGUGUGGGGAUUUUGCUGCGUUCGACUGGAAUGGCUAUGGAACCAAAACAGAAUGGAGUUCCUCUCUGGAUAUGAUUGAGUCUGCCAUGCUGCUGUUUUACCGCUGAAGAGACGCCAUUUCUCCCCGUCACUCUUCAUUGUUAUUAUUACAUUGCAGCAAAUCUCUUUCUCCUAUCUUUGCUUAAUUACAGGUCAAAAGGGGUUCUCUGUUAUUUAGGCUUUUACAGAGAAAGCAGGAUACUACUUCAUCUUUUAACUGUUUUAGCAGGUUUAAGUGAUGUGUAAUCCACUUUGUUCUGUUUUUCAUAUUUCAGAAUAUAAAAUUUGUGUUGGGCAGUACAAUUGUAAAAACUGAAUAAAUAUAUGAUAUUAUGCAACA